CGAUACUAAGUAACGGAAUGAUUGAUCAAAACAAUUAGACGACAUUAAAUUUUAAGGCUGAACUCACUCGAUUUUCCACUCACGCAAAAUGAAGACAGUAGUUGGAAUUGCAAUUAUAUUUCUGGUGUCACAAUGGGCCGAUGCAAUUAUCAGGAUGAGAACUUGCUUUUUUGAGUUAGGUCCAUGCGGAGUUACAAAUCAAGAACAUCUUAGUGCACAAUGGGUGAGAAAGGAAUCGGAAUUAGGAGGGAAAAAAGGAACUAUGAUGAUUUUGGAGACCAACAUGACCAGCGCUCAUUUGGGUCGAAUGAUUACACCUUAUUUUUCAAUUUAUGAGAAAGAAAAGAUAGCUUGUCUCACUGUUGAAUUUUUCUUCUCGGGCGAUGGUGCUAAGUCGUUCGAUAUUCAACAAGAAACGGAUCAUGGAAUUAUUCCUGUUUACGCUUCCAGUCGUAGAUCAAACACAUGGCAAAGGGCAGUUAUCGAUAUUGAUCUAGACCAAUCAUUAAGGUUCUUUUUCUCUGCCACCGUCGAUCCAUCUGUUAGUGAAUACGCUGUAGCAGUAAAUUGGUUUGAAGUUAAGUUCUCUAGAAGGUGUAAAGUUGAAUAGUUGUAUACUCAAUUCAUAUUUGAUGUGCAUAUACAGCAAACUGUAUCAAAUAAAUUAUUUAUGAGCCCAA